AUGGCCCCAGCGCUCAAAUACUUGGCGCUUCUGUGGACGGCGUCGGCGCUCGUCGUGCGCGACGGCUCGGAGCUGAAAGCGGCCCUCGCGAACGGCGCGCCGGCGAUCGAGCUCGCCGCGGACAGUUAUCUUGGCGGCGAGCCCGCCGUCGUGGCGAACGCAGCGAGCGUCAUCGACGGCAAGGGCUUCACCGUGUCCCAGGCGGGCGCGCGCCAUUUCGUCGUCAACGGAACGAACGCCGCGCUCGAGCUCCGCGACCUCACGAUCGCGGUGGUGGACGCGCCUACGGCCAUCCCCACGUGCGCGCCGACGCCGGCGACGCGCGUUCCGGCACAAUACGUCGAGCCGCUCGCGCUGACGGACGUGAAGGACGCCGGUCUGGUUCCUUGCGUCGCGCCGUUUUGUAGGGCGACACGACCUCUACUCCGCCUCCUGGCUUCAGCCUAGACGAGAAGUGGCCGUGGCUCAUCUGCAUAGUGAUGGUCUUGCUAGGAUGCCCUAUCAUAAUGCAUCGAUCCAUGGACUGUGAAUACCAGGCCUUCGGGGGAUUUUGCGUGAUGUACUACGAUCCUAGGCUGGGCGCUUGCAUGUCAGCGGCGCACAACUCCCACUUCUUGUGUUUUUGCGUCGGCUGUUUCUUUGCUGUCGCGAUAUUCGCCGUGGGCCUCACCUCCAAGCAUCGAGAGCUCAAUUGCACGUGCGCCCUGCUUGGCGUCUUUGCGUUUUUUAACGGCGCGGUCCACUAUGUACUGGGCGCCAUUUUAGAGUGCCGGACGCCAAAUAUGAGCCAAACUGUCAUCUAUGGCUUCAUCCUGCUAUACAGCCUCGUAACCUUCACCGCGUACGGGGGCUGGUGCUACAAGUUUAUGGGAGAGAGCCCGGCCCUGAGUAUCGCGCUAGGCAUAUUUGCCAUCUUCUACGACGGUACUGCUACGUUUAAGGACGUGUUUGCCAACGACAUGGACCCGCGGUACAUUCAGUUAACAUAUUUGUUCGAAAGCGGCACUCAUCUCAUGUUAGCUUUCCUCGCCGCGUUCCGAUCGCAGGAGUUCGUGGAGAAGUUCCCCGACUUCCGGCCCCUCGUUUCUUUUGAGCUGGGCCUGGCCAUGAUAUUCCCCUGUGCCGCCGUGUUGCUCGAGCACGGGUUGCAUCGCAGCCGCUGCUGCAACGCCGCAAACGACGGGUUUGGCUGGUACUACAAGCACGGGGCCCACGUCCUGUACGACAUCUCCAUCGACAUGGCGUUCCUGGUCACGGCGAUCAUCACGUCGAAGAAAUUGCCCAAAUUGCCCAAGAAGAACGACUGA